GGUAAACCAUUGCACCGCCACUCGGCUUAAUAAUUCCUAUAAACUGCACUGAAUAAUUAUAUGACUGAUAAUUAACCAUAUAAACUAAUCAAGGUCAUUCUGCACAUAAGAAGAGUUCCAUUCAUCUGCUGGAAGUUCUGCAUACCUGAUAAAACAUGGCCUCGAGCUCUUUGGGCAGGAGACUGGUGGCGUGUCUCCUCAAUGUUUCUGAAGCUCGCAGGAAGGAUCUGGUGGAGACGGUGGCCAAAGCAGCGUUGUACAAUACUGAAGGUGUGAGGCGUGAGGGGACCACGGUGUUAAACAUCUUUAAUGAUUAUGACUACAACCGCUCUGUCAUCACUAUUGUGUCCAGCAUCGACUCGAUCAGGGAGGCGAUCCUGUGUGCAUGCGAGAAGGCGUGUGGGUUGAUUGACAUGCAAACUCAUACAGGAGUCCAUCCAUGCAUGGGCGCUGUUGACCUCAUACCCAUCUACCCACUGGGGGAGGAGGUGAGGGCAGAGGACUGUACUAAAGAGGCGCUCGCUGUGGCUCAGGGACUUACAGAGAGGGUCCGGGGCACCAGUGCCUUCCUGUUUGGCUGGGCAGACUUACCCUUACAGCGAGGGCUGGCGCACAGGAGGAAGGAGAUGGGCUGGUUCAAGAAGAUGCCAGACCUGCGGGCGAUCAGGGCCGACGUGGGGCCGCAGCCACAGAAACGAUUCGGCCUCACAGGUGUCGGGGCAGGUCCCUACGUCAUGAACUGCAAUGUCACAAUUGACACCCAGGACGUCUCUUUGGGGCGCAGCAUCGCCAAAGCCAUCAGGGAGUCGACGCCGGGAGGCCUGCCUGGAGUGCAGGUGCUGGCCCUACCACACAGGGGCGCUGUGGAAAUCGCUUGUAAUGUGGAAAGCGUGAAGGGGACCCCGCCAGAUCACCUCACCGCAGGUGAACCCUGGCCGUCUUUCAGCAUCGGCGGCGAGUCGUACUGUCACGCUCCGGCUUCCCUCAUCACGGCGAGGGUCGCCGAGCUGGCAGGGAGACAGGGGGUCAGCAUGAAGGGCACGGCCUUGGUGGGGUUCACCCCCCGUGAUUGCAGGGGCCUAGCAGAGUAUGCUCUGUCUCAGGGGAUUGCCGAGUUCUGGAAAGAGCAGCGCAGGAUCCGCAUGUGAAAACAAAAACUAAAGUCGAUAAUCUGUGAUAGAUUCCGCUUCCGUUACCAUGGAAACUGACUGUUAUUGAGCCCUCAGGUACCACCGGUGCUCCUUUAUGUUCUACCGCUGCACAAAUACAGUUUAUAGCAUCAAUAGUUUUUCUAUUUGAAGUAAUGUUUGAGUCAGGAGGUCUUCACUUUCAGGGUUCUCAGAUUUAGAUUUAUGAACCUCUGUGUUUCCCCAGAGCAGGACGAACCCCUGAUAUAGCAAUAUAUCAUAUUCCUCUCCCUGUGAUAUGUCAUCAAUACACUAAACUUUAUUAAUAAAACAUGAGGCAUUCUGUUGCAUCAUCUCCUCCCAGUUUGACCUACAGAGUCACUAUUUUGUGACUCCUCGCUGUGGUGCCUGUUAAAUAAAUGAGCAAAAAAGUCAGUCAGAAGAACUGAAAAAACAGAUAAACUCACCGAGAGAAACUGAAACAUUGAGUGAUGACUGAUCAGUUUGUGUGAUUACCUUUAGACUAAAAACAUCACAUUUAAUAAAAAGUU